GCCUGAGGCGGGCAGCAAGGCCGGGAGGGCGGCCACCUGCUCCGGCCCGGCCGCCCCAGCGUUGCUUCGACGCCUCCAUGGCCCCGCAUGGCCCGCUGGCCCGCGGCGCCUCGGCGGGGGACAGGUAGCGGCGGUGCGGGCAGCCCCAGGCCUGCGAUGGGAGAAGCCGAGGCGGCGUGAGGAGCCCACCUGCCAUUCCCCUCGUCCCCGGGAGCGUGUGGAGCCCACCAGGCCCGGAGUCCCCUCCGCUUCGCCUCGUGAGCUGGCAUGGCUUCGGCGUGCUCGAUCCCGCUAGAUCGCAGCGGUACUUGAAGGCAAAGAACGUGGCUCUUUGGCCUUCGCAAACUCAAUGCUAUGCAAAAGAAAAGGAGGAGGAAAAAAAAAAAGAAACCUUGACACUGGUUGCAGCGGGAAUGGCUGUUUCCUGCCCUGGGUGAGCCUAGGUAUGUUUUCUUGCUUGUGAGAUGAACUAAUGCUGCUUUACCUGGUAGAAGACACACUACAAAUGGCAGCCUGAAACUUUGGUAAGGCUUGGUCAUUACUAAGCAGUUGGAACUUUUACUCUUUUUUUUUAUUUUGCCUAAAGUCACCUGAGGAGCCUUGUUGUCAUCUUGAAAGCACUGGAGGAAUCUGCGCUUGUCUUAAUUCUUCACCUCAAGUGACUUUAUCACGCAACAAGUGCAACCAACGCACCUACCUAAAAUACAUUCUCCUUCAAAGCUCCUUCCCAGCCUGGAAGAUCAGGGAUCACAGACUUCUUGAGAAACUUCUCAUCCUGGGAAAGGCUGCCCAUAGUUACUUUAUGGGGCAGCAGCCUGGAAAAGUUCUUGGGGACCAAAGGAGGCCAAGUCUGCCUGCCCUGCACUUUAUCAAAGGAGCAGGGAAGAAGGAGUCAUCGAGGCAUGGGGGCCCACACUGUAACGUCUUCGUCGAACAUGAAGCCCUUCAGAGGCCGGUGGUGUCGGACUUUGAGCCCCAGGGUCUGAGCGAAGCAGCUCGCUGGAACUCCAAGGAAAACCUCCUGUCCUGUCCCAGUGAAAAUGACCCCCACCUCUUUGUUGCACUCUAUGAUUUUGUGGCGAGCGGGGACAACACUCUCAGCAUAACUAAAGGUGAAAAGCUCCGUGUCCUGGGCUACAACCACAAUGGGGAAUGGUGCGAGGCCCAAACGAAGAACGGACAAGGCUGGGUACCCAGCAACUACAUCACCCCGGUGAACAGUUUGGAGAAGCAUUCCUGGUAUCAUGGACCGGUGUCACGGAACGCUGCCGAGUACCUUCUGAGCAGUGGGAUCAACGGCAGCUUUCUCGUGCGAGAGAGCGAGAGCAGUCCUGGCCAGAGAUCCAUCUCCCUGCGAUACGAGGGAAGGGUGUACCACUACAGAAUAAACACUGCGUCUGACGGAAAGCUGUAUGUCUCUUCAGAGAGCCGUUUCAACACCUUGGCAGAGCUGGUCCAUCAUCAUUCAACCGUUGCAGAUGGGCUCAUCACCACUUUGCACUACCCGGCGCCCAAACGCAAUAAGCCCACUAUUUACGGCGUGUCUCCAAACUACGACAAGUGGGAGAUAGAGCGAACUGACAUCACGAUGAAGCACAAGCUUGGUGGAGGACAGUAUGGAGAGGUGUAUGAAGGAGUCUGGAAGAAGUACAACCUUACGGUGGCUGUGAAGACUCUCAAGGAGGAUACCAUGGAGGUGGAAGAGUUCUUGAAAGAAGCUGCAGUAAUGAAGGAGAUCAAGCAUCCGAACUUGGUGCAAUUAUUGGGGGUGUGCACACGGGAACCUCCUUUCUACAUCAUUACGGAGUUCAUGACGUACGGGAAUCUGCUGGAUUAUCUGCGCGAGUGUAACCGGCAGGAGGUGAACGCUGUGGUGCUGCUGUACAUGGCAACUCAGAUCUCCUCGGCCAUGGAGUACCUGGAGAAGAAAAACUUCAUUCACAGGGAUCUUGCUGCCAGAAACUGCCUGGUAGGAGAGAACCACUUGGUGAAGGUGGCCGACUUUGGCCUGAGCAGACUGAUGACAGGGGACACGUACACUGCCCACGCCGGAGCAAAAUUCCCCAUCAAGUGGACGGCACCAGAAAGCCUGGCCUACAACAAGUUCUCCAUUAAAUCUGACGUCUGGGCCUUUGGCGUUCUGCUGUGGGAAAUUGCAACCUACGGUAUGUCCCCUUACCCUGGGAUUGACCUGUCUCAAGUCUACGAGCUGUUGGAGAAAGACUACCGGAUGGAGCGCCCCGAAGGCUGUCCUGAGAAAGUUUAUGAGCUCAUGAGAGCGUGCUGGCAGUGGAGCCCUUCCGACAGACCCUCCUUUGCGGAGAUCCAUCAGGCCUUUGAAACCAUGUUUCAGGAAUCCAGCAUAUCGGACGAGGUGGAGAAGGAGUUGGGAAAGAAGGGCAUGAGGAGCGUAGUGAGCAAUUUCCUCCAGGCCCCAGAGUUACCAACCAAAACACGGACAUCGAGGAGAGCUGCUGAAAGCAAAGAUGCCAACGAGGGCUUGGAGACCACACAUGCUCGAGGCCAGGGAGAAUGUGACCCUCUGGAUCACGAGCCUGCUAUUUCUCCCUUGCUUCCGCGGAAGGAGAGAGUGGCCUUGGAGAGCAGUUUGAAUGAAGACGAGAGGCUGCUUCCGAAAGACAAAAAGCACAACCUCUUCAGCGCCCUUAUCAAGAAGAAGAAGAAAACUGCCCCUACCCCUCCGAAACGGAGCAGUUCCUUCCGAGAGAUGGAUGGGCACCUGGACCGCCGGGCGGGUGGGGAGGAGGAGUGCAGGGAUGCUGGCAACGGAGCUUUUGUCGCACCCCCCGCAGACAUAGCGGACCCCAGCAAGUUUCAGAGCCCAAGCAACGGGUCUGGUGUCACCAACGGGGUUGUCACGGGGAGCUCUGGAUUCUUAUCUCCCCACUUACGGAAGAAAUCCAGCACGAUGAGCAGCAGUCGAGGGGUGGCUGGUGAAGAGGAGAGCGGUUCCAACUCCAGCAAGCGUUUCUUGAGGUCCUGCUCAGCCUCCUGUGUGCCCCAUGGAGCAAAGGACACCGAGUGGAAAUCUGUGACUCUGCCUCGGGAUUUGCAGUCCACGGGACGCCAGUUCGAUUCCUCCACUUUUGGGGGACACAAAAGUGAAAAGCCAGCACUGCCUCGGAAACGGGCAAACGAGGCCAAGACUGACAUUGCUGUCAGGGGAACUGUGACCCCUCCUCCGCGGCUGCUUAAGAAAAACGAAGAGACCACUGACGAUGUGUUCAAAGAUGCGGAGUCGAGCCCUGGCUCCAGCCCUCCCACUCUGACGCCGAAACUUGGCCGUAGGCAACCUGCCGCCCCUCCUUCCUCCAGCGUGCUCCACAAGGACGAUGGAGUCAAAUCCAGUGCCUUAGGUACCACUGUGACAAUGGACCAAGGUUCUGCUGCCAAACCCACCCCUGCGGGGUUCGUGGGCGCCAGCAAAGCUUCCUCUGAGGAGCCACGGCUGCGGAGGCUCAAGCAAACCUCUGAGGCAGCAGGGAAGGACAAAGGGAAGUUAUCGAAGCUGAAACCAGCCCCUCCAAUUCCGCUCUCUUCAUCCUCCAUCGGCAAGUCCGGGAAGGUUUCUCACAGCCCCAGCCACGAAGCAGCAGCAGAUGUGACAUCUGGGCCGAAAUCCAAACAGUUGACUCAGGUUGGAGAGGCUGCAAGCAGUGAUGCUGUCAAGCCAAACCAGUCGGGGGAAGGUGUGAAAAAGCUGGGGAUCCCCUCAGUACCAAAGCCCCAGUCCUCUACAAAGCUGCUGAUGAGCACAGCGACCCCAGCUGCUUCUUCCUCAGCGGUACCCUCUGCCCCUGGUGGGGACCAGCCAUCAUCUACAGCCUUCAUCCCCCUCAUAUCUACCAGGGUCUCGCUGCGGAAGACGCGACAGCCCCCGGAGAGGAUCGCCAGUGGCACCAUCACUAAGGGAGUGGUGUUGGAAAGCACCGAGGCUCUACGGAUCGCCAUCAGCAAGAACUCUGAACAAAUGGCAAGCCACAGCGCUGUCUUGGAGGCUGGCAAGAACCUCUACACCUUCUGCGUGAGCUACGUGGACUCCAUUCAGCAGAUGAGGAACAAAUUUGCUUUUCGGGAGGCCAUCAACAAGCUGGAGAAUAACCUACGGGAGCUUCAGAUCUGCCCAGCAACAGCUGGUAGUGGUCCAGCAGCCACCCAGGACUUUAGCAAACUUCUCAGUUCAGUGAAAGAAAUCAGUGACAUUGUUCAGAGGUAGCAGAAGCCAGGUUUAAAAAUAAAAUUACAAUGGGCCAAAGCCAACUGUGGAGAGAGUAACGUGUGGACUGACAGGGGAGCGGGGCAUCCAGGUUAGGGCUGUGCCAAAGCCACAGACUGUGAACAGAUGCCCCAGCUCCAAAGGGCAGGGCUGUGUUCAAGAGGCACUUUCCACCCUCUGAACUCAGCUUCCCUGUGUUUCAUAUACUCGUAACCGUCUUAUCUGUGGAGUUCUUGCCUUGUGGACUACAAGUCUAAAUGCUGAUGUCACACCAUGCCUUUUUAUUAAUAUUUUAUUGUUCUGGACAGACCAUUAAGACUGAAGCCAGACUGAUGGACACUGAGGUGCCAUCCUCCUCAGGAGGACUUUCUACUGCGUUUCCUUCCCCUCCCUCUGCCCCACUGCACACAAGGAUGAGUGUUUGAAUAGCAAUAUACCCACUGCGUUUCUUGAAGAGUUGCAGCACGUGUCCCUGGCCCGAGUCUCACCCUUAUGUGAUGUUCAUGCAGUAGACUUGGUGCUUGGGAGGGAUGGGGGGAUAAUUGUUACUGUAAGGUUUCUUUUUAAUGACAGAAUGCUACAAGUGAUGUUUGCCCAAAUUCUUCUGAUGAUUCCACUUGCUGCCCUUCAUUUCUGUGUUUUCAGUAAUUUCUUGUUGGGCCCAAGUGAAUUCCCUGGGUUCAAAACGUUGCAGGGAGCACCCGCUGGUGUUUGGAGAUCUCCCUUUGGUAGUGAAGAAGGACUGGAGAAGGAUGUGCUGUCACACCCUGGUGAUAUCCAACAUUAACAGGGCUGGUGUUUGGGGUGGAGGCUGCAGGGGCCAGGGAGCAGGAGGCAUCGCUCCCUGCAAGACAGGAGUGCUGCAGGAGGGGGAGAGAGCUUAGGAUGAGUUCAGAGACACCACCGUGCCUCCAGCGUUGUUUGGCUGAGCUUGCACAUUGCAGAUGGGCCAGAACUGCUGUUUCUCUAGCUGAAUUUCCAGACUUCUUUACUCUUUGAGCAGAGGUGGGACCCGGCUUCCGCGCUCCCGUAGAGACCUGGGCUCUGGGGGGCUGCGGUGCCUCCCUUUCCGUGCCGACGUGAAGCUCAGAUGCCAGGACGUCGGGGUUCAAACUGUCAGUACCUUCAUGCCGCCGUGGUUCCAUCCAGCAUCACACGAGGAGCUGUGAGCACUGCAGACGUCUCUCUUGGGCACAUCUCCCGAGGAACCCGCGCCGAACGCUGACAGCAGGACUCUGCGCCUCCCUUCCGAGGUCCUCUGACCUUCCCAACUAAUGCAACGCGACUGGGAACUAACUGUGACUUGUGACAGUAGUGAAAGAACAAGGUUUAGGGCUAUUAACAGUGCAAUUUAACUCCUCUUAACAGUUCCAAACAAGAGAAAAAAAGCAUUUUCCAUGUCCUGUUCCCCUGUAACUCUUGUGACCCCUCUUGUGUAUCUUAAACACUAAUUGCCUUCAAUUGUAUUUUAUUCUGUUCUCUUUGGAACUGUUUGUUUUGUAUAUGAUUUCUAGUAGUUCACUCGUGUGCGUUCACACCACUUCUCGCCCUCACAAACAGCCGUGACUUAACACAUGACAAAUGUUCAAAAGGAAAUACACCCUUCUGCCACAGGCUGCCUUGGAAAAUGUAAGGAAAACAAACACCACAAGCCUUGGACUGUCUCUUUCCUGGAGGUACUGUUUUUACUUUGAUAACAUAUUGUGCCACUAUAUUAUACAUUUGUAUCUUGUUAUUACACACUUUUGUAGACUCGUCUUUUUUACAGUGUGUAAAUAGCUUCGUCCUUCAUCUCUGUGAUACUUAAGGGGGUUGUUUCCCCUUUAAUUUGGUCCAGUACAGAUUGUUUCUGUACACGACUUUCAAUUCUUCCUCCUCUCUUUCUCUAUUUUUCUUUUUUUGAUUUAUUUUUUAUUCCAGUCUCUCUUGCCUAGUAUAUUUAAAAAUAAAUCAAUGUUGAGGAAAA